AUGGCAUCCAGGAGCAAGACCAAAAAGCAGAAAGAUUUUGAAAAAGUAAGGCUGAAAGUUGGAAAGACCGUAACUAAGUCUUCAAAUGUGACAAAUACUGCAUUCCAAUCCAAAAGUAUUCGAGUCAAAUCACAGCUAUUAUCGAGCCAGACUGAUGACCAAGAAUACCUCCGACUUCUAUCGCUUUUGAAGCAUCACUCACCAUCAUCAAGACAUGAAGUUCUCGUCCAGAUUGAAAGAUACAUUGAAAAGAAUGAUUUUCAUAAUAAUUUCCCUUUUGAUCAGCUUAUCAGCAAACUCAAAUCGUUAAUUCUAGACCAGUCCAAAAUCAUUAGAGAACGCUGCAUGAUUAUCUUCCAUAAGUUGGCCGAUGCAAAAACAGAGCUCUUGGUGUUGCAUCAAUCGUCUAUUGUAUUGUUUGUACUUUCAGGCAUGAGUCACAUAAGUCAAUCGAUAAGAGACGACAGCGUCAGGUUUCUUGAUAUAUUGAUCGGUUCCCAUCGACCUAUUUUAACGAAUGCAGUGAUGCGAGACCAUUGGGGAAAAAUUUUGCGAAGUCUUAUUCAGUUGAUAGGAUGGAGGAGUGGCGAGCAGGAGCAUUCGACUUUACAGUCUACGAGUUUCAGAGUUACGACUAAUACUGCAACCCUAACUUCUAUAAAAAGUGCAACGGCUAGGAGGCAUCAGAGGUUGUUUCAACUCAAGCUUUUGAGAAGAUUUCUAGAGCUUGGCGCAUUGAGAGCAAGCAGGCAUGAAAAUAAGUCAGAUCAUAUAUUCCCCCAAGAAUCACAAAUUCAUUCGACAACUUCUGCUUACAUGAUUCCCAGUGGCACCGACCCUUAUGGCAAUUUAAAGUUGCUGAGAUUUUUCAACCCACGAACCUGCCUGGAAGUAAGGAUGUUGAAGUGCAAAGAAACUCGCCUAAAGGAUUGUGCGCAAAAAACGACAAACGUUAAUUUGGAGGAUUACUCGUCUCAUGAUUUAAUAAAUCGUCGCAAACUAUUGAUGGAAAUAUAUUAUGAAGGAAUUCUUGAGGGCAUCACUGAAAUCUUGAAUGAUGAUGACAGUGACUCUGAAUUGAAAUUAUCUGCCUCAUCAUUGGAAAGAGUCUUGAAAGAAAUUGCGCUUCUACACAAUGAAGACAUGUAUAACUGA